AUGAAAAUCAGAAAUGACUACAGUUGUAUUGUUUUACUUUAUUAUUUUUCGUCAAAUGAUAAACUACACGAGUAUUUUCUUUUUCAAAACGACAUUAUGAUUUACACUGUCGGGUUUGUUUUUAUUCUUAUUGGAAUUAUCUAUUUGAAACUAAUUCGUCCUCAAAAGCAAGUAUAUGAUGCUUUUCGAGCUCAAGGAAUACCGGGAGAACCGUUUAUUCCAUUUGUUGGUCAACUACCAGACAUUAUUCGAGCAAAUAAAAUUGGUAAAGGAUUAGAUUAUUUCAUCGAACUUGCACAAAAACAUGGCUAUUGUUAUGUAUUUGGUUUCGGUCCUUUAACACGAAUUUUACUUGCUGAACCAGAACUCUUGAGUGAUGUUUUAAGUCGUGAAAAUGGUAUUAACUAUCGAAAACCACCUGAUCUCACCAAUAUUGUCAAACCAUUUAUUGGUACACAUAAUCUUUUAGUUAGUGAAGGAAAAGAACAUGAUCGUGCACGUAAAAUGCUUAAUCCUGCUUUUCAUUUUGUUAAUCUUCGAUCAAUGGUAUCAAUUAUGUCCGAUGAAACGGCCAAAGCGAUUCAUUCUCUUCUAUUAGUGUCAUCAUCGAAAGAUCAAAUUGAUCUUGAAAUUCAAUUAAAUAGUUUGACUCUUUCUAUUAUUUCAUCAAGUGCUUUUGGUAUAGAUUUUCAAGCAUCAUCAUAUGCAAAAGAAAUUAUGUCUCAAACAUUUCAAGAAGUGAAAGAAAUAGUAGAGUAUCGAACACUUCGAAUGAUCAAUCAAAUUAAGUUUCUAGCAGAGCUUCCUUUUUGGGGUAAAACCAUUGCCGAUAAAGGAGCAAAACAAGUCAGUGAUUUCGUUGAUCAAGCAAUUACUGAUAGACGAAAAGGAAAAUCCAAUAGUUUAUGUGCAGGUCAAGAUAUUCUCGAUCUUCUACUAUCAGCUACUGACGAUCAAGGUGAACCAUUUACAGAUCAACAAAUAAAAGAAGAGGCUCUCACUUUUGUACUAGCUGGUCAUGAAACAACCGGGAAUUUAAUGACUUGGGCUAUUUAUAUGUUAAUGAUUCAUAAUGACGCAUUACAAGCAUGUCGUAAAGAAGUUGAUCAAGUCUUGCCUAAUGGAAUAGUACCUACUUUCGAACAUUUAAAUGAACUUCAAAUCAUCGAAGCUGUUCUUUAUGAAACUCUUCGUUUGUAUCCACCAGCUCCUUUUUUUGUUCGUCAAUGUGUAAAAGAACAUACGAUUGGUAAUAAUAGUGAUAAAUUUCAACUACAUGUUCCUGUCGAUGCGAUGAUUGUCAUUCAUAAUUAUGUGUUACAUCGACGUGAAGAUUAUUGGCCUAAUCCAUUGAAAUUUGAUUAUACAAGAUGGAUACGUGAUCCUAUAACUGGAUUAAAACCAAAAAAGACACAUCCAUAUGCAUUUCUACCAUUUGCAUCAGGUCCACGUAAUUGUAUUGGACAAAAUUUUGCAUUACUUGAAGCAAAAGUUAUGCUCGCUAUGUUUGUACAAAGUUGUAAUUUUGAGCUUAUACCUGGACAACAAAUUGUACCUGAAAUGAAAGGAGUAACAAUGAAAGCCAAAAAUGGAAUUCUUGUACGUGUACAAAGAAGAAAUUAA